AUGGCAGGCAAAAAAAAUAUGAAGGGUAAAUCUAAAGCUAAUGCCUCCAAGGGGCAAAAUGAUGCAGUUACUUUAAGUGCUGAGGAGUACCAGCACCUCAUGAUUAUGAAUGCCAGGGUACAAUCUACCCAGGCAGCUCAGAAAGAGGCAAUGGAAGCCAAACACAUAGCUAGUAUAAUGGAAGAAGAAGAACAGGAUCUUAAUGACGUUGACCCAGUUACACCACCAAACCCUCCUAGAAAAAGACAAGCCAAUGACAAUGAUUCUGAUGAGGAAGAUUCUUAA